AUGGACUUUGCCAAAUCCUACGACAACGAUCUGGUGUUCGAGGACGAAAGUUCGCCUUCGGUGGCAACGCUGGUGGACACGAAGCCGCUCCUGCUGGACGAUGCCGAUCGCGUAACGGGCCGCCCGGUGGCGACCCUGCUGGCCGAAUCCGAGUCCUCCGAACGGACUGACACGGAGGAAGCGUGGUACGCCGACUUGUCCACCGAGGACGGCACGGAGGAGCUGGACGCCGACCAGGAGGAGGACCAGGAGGAUGAGUCGGUCAACGAGGUCGGUCUACCUCCGGCCGUCACCGGCCAGGACGACGACCAGAGCUGGUUGAUGCGCAGCGUGAAGCGCAUCAAACGUAGCAUCGACAACCUGUGGAGUGCACCCGCGGAUAGUGGCACCGACCCGAAAGCUCCUAAAAUGGCCACUUCCGCCGGUGACCGGAACGGAACGAAGCGGGCCAAGCGAAAGAAGGCCAGUGGCGAAAAGGAGCGCGAGAAAAAGAUGGAGAAGCAUCGGAAGCGCCUCGAAAAGGGAUCCCCUUCGGCACCGAGCAGCGGUGCGCCCGUGGUCAAACAGGACCAACGGCACGACAAGCCCCGUAAGGUUGCGGUCGCCCAUAGCCAAGCUGCGCCAGCGUUCACGGGAAAGUCCGGUCGGUUCGCCGGUGUCCGUUCGAAGCGCCAGUUCGACGAGGGACCGGUCGACGACGAGGGCAGCGGGUUCGAGGGUUCCGGUGAAAACGGACUGACCGAUGACAGCUGGACGACGUAUAAAAUUAUGCUCACGGUUCCGGAACCGUUCGAGGCCAGUCUGCGCGAUCCGGCCCGCAACUCCGACCGCCUGGCACGCAUUUCCGGCGAAGUGAAGCGACUGGUCGACAACGCUCUCGUAACGGACUCGCUGGCCACCGCCAAGCAGAUGGAUCCCUAUCCCUCCGACAAGAAGCUCACACUGGUGACGCUGGAGCUGUCCGCUCCGAAGGACUUCAACUUGGACGACAUGGAGGAGAAGAUACGCGCCCAGUUGCAGGGCGGCCGGUACUCACUGCGACCGGAAGGACUCUCACUGACGCUGGCGGACGAUGCCGACGCGCCGCGUGAGGUCGCCACCGACGAAGUGAUUCUCGAUCCGGUCACGGAGGAUAACCACCCGUACCCCGGGUACCGGGAGGACGGUUCGGACGACAACGCCUACGGUGAGGAGGACGAGGAUGAGGAAGAGGAAGAGGAAGAGGUGGUGGAGAAUAGGUUGGGGCACGAGCGGACCGAGGACGAUGAUGCCGACGAGACGACGACGGUGCCGGCGAUCAAGGAUGAUGGGCCGCUGCUGGACAAGUGCCGGGGCGACGAUAAGGUCCGCUGCGGCGAAUCGCCGGUUUUCAUAUGUGCGAUCCAAAAGUGCGACGGCCACGUUGACUGCCCGAACGGCGAGGACGAAGAUCCCUAUCGGUGCCCAAAGGUUUCGAGCGAUUGCACCAAGGAGGAGUUCUUCUGCGACAACCGGUGCAUCGCGCGGGCGAAGCUUUGCGACGGUAACGGGGACUGUGCCGAUGGCAAGGACGAGCAGGACUGCCACAAAGAAUGUCGCCCCAAUGAGUUCACCUGCGCGGACGGGACGUGUAUUCCGUUCGAGAAGCGCUGCGAUCGCCAAAUCAACUGCCCCUACGGCGAUGACGAGACCGACUGCCACAUCGAAGGUGGCCGGUGCGACGAGACCGUCGAAUUCAUGUGCCACGACGGUACCUGCAUUCCCAAGAGCGCACUAUGCGAUCGGCACCGCGACUGCAAGGACGGCGAGGACGAAGACUCGUCACGAAGCUGCACGGCCUACGAGUUCCAGUGCCGUUCGGACCGCCGGUGCAUACCGGCCGAAAAGCAUUGCAAUCGGGUAUAUGACUGUGCCGAUGGAUCGGAUGAGAAGGUUUGCGACUGUCGGCCACACGAGUUCCGGUGCCAGAACGGGCACUGCAUUCCGAUGGAGCAUCACUGCGAUCGCUGGAACCACUGUAGCGACGGAUCCGACGAAAUGGGCUGCGACACGCCGUCAAGUGAGCCUUGCCGUGCAAACGAGUUCCAGUGCGGCAAUGGGCGAUGCGUUCCGAACGAGGUUAUUUGUAACGGUUACAACGACUGCGGCGACAAUACUGACGAAGCCGAUGAUGUGUGUGAAGCUUCGCUUACUACCUGCCGGCCCGACGAGUUUUCGUGUUACGAUGGGGACUGUAUUCCGAGGAGUGCCGUUUGUGACGGUCGCUACGACUGCCAUGACCACACCGAUGAGAGUGCGUGCGGCGAGAACAAAACGCCGGUCAAAUCACUGAGUCGCUGCGGCCAGGGCCAGUUCGAAUGUAACGACGGUAUAUGCAUUGCGGACUAUAAGCACUGUAACGGCAUCGUGGACUGCCACGAUGAGUCCGACGAGACGAGCUGCAACUCGGAUGAUUGUAGUAUAAACGAAUUCUCUUGCGAUGGCCAAUGCUUCGAGCUGCGGAUCUUUUGCAACGGCAUUCCCGAUUGCGCCGACGGCAGUGACGAACGGAACUGUAUCACCUGUCACGGUGAUGCCUUUCACUGCCAGAGUAAACAGUGCAUUCCACCGGAGCAUCGUUGCGACGGUUUCGCGCAUUGUAGUGACGGUAGCGAUGAACGUGGCUGUAACACCAGUUUAAGCUGCGGUCGGGACCAGUGGCAGUGUAGAAAUGGCUUGUGCCUUAAUAGUGAUUUCCGCUGCGACGGAAAUCACGACUGCGCCGACGGUUCGGACGAGGAGGACUGCGAAGCGGAAGUUCCCCACCAGCGAUGCACGGAAGAGGAGUUCUUAUGCGAUGGUCGAUGCAUGGACAUGGAUCGUCACUGCGAUGGGCGACAAGAUUGUAUCGAUAAUGCGGACGAGGAAGACUGCCCAGAAGCAGCGGUGGAACGAUGCAGCCAGCUUCAGUGUCCCGACGGGACGUGUUUCGAGCACUCGCAGCGCUGUGACGGUCGUCGGGAUUGCGCCGAUGGCUUCGAUGAGCAGGGUUGUCCUUGCCGUUCGAAUGAAUUCACCUGCGGCGAUGGCCACUGCAUUCCCAGCUACCAAGUGUGCAACAAACGGGCGGACUGUCGGGACGAGUCCGACGAACGGAACUGUUCUUGCGCUCGAAACGAGUACCGCUGUGGAACCGGCCAGUGUAUCGACGAGAGCCGUCGCUGCGAUCAGCGUGUGGACUGUUCGGACGGAUCGGACGAGCGAGCUUGCAGACAUGUAGAGUGUAGAUCGCACGAGUGGAGGUGCCGUAGUGGUCACUGCAUUCGACUCGAGCAGCGAUGCGACCGUCAGUUCCAAUGUCCUGAUCGUAGCGAUGAGAUGGGUUGUCACAGCUGUGCACCGAACAUGUUCCGAUGUGAGAACGGUCCCUGCAUUGACUUGUCGUUGAAGUGUAACGGCCGAGUAGACUGUCCCUAUGACACUAGUGAUGAGCUUGAUUGUUUCGGGCGUAAGUUGCACGUCGUGCCGCCACCGUUCGAUCAGCCGCGCCUCGAUCUGAAGACCUACCCCGACAAGCAGGACAUCAAGGAAAAGGAUAUUGUUGAGGGCAACGAGGUCGUCUUUCAGUGUCGCGACGAGGGUCCCAUCCACGCCAAGGUCAAGUGGGUUCGUCCGAACGGUCAACCGCUACCACCAGGAACGCGCGACCUUAACGGUCGUUUGGAGAUCCCCAACAUUCGAAUUGACCACAGUGGCGAGUACGUCUGCGAGGCGGUCGGAUAUCCAAAAUCAACCCCCGGCAGCAGCAAACGUGUCAGCCUGAACGUGGAAAGAUACAACUACCAACGGCCACCGACAGCGUGUGCGGUGAAUGAAGCCACCUGCUCGAACGGUGACUGUAUACUGAAGACCCAGAUCUGCGACGGCAACCGGGACUGCCUGGAUGGCUCCGACGAGACAAGCUGCAGCCGGUACCAGAAAUGUGAACCGAACCAGUUCAAGUGCCGCAACAACAAGUGUGUCCUGAAAACCUGGCUCUGUGACGGGGAACUGGAUUGCAGUGACGGCUCGGACGAGGAGAACUGCGCCACCUUGCCACCAAACUCGCCCUGCCGGUACGAUGAGUAUCAGUGCCGCUCGGGACAGUGCAUUCCGAAGUCGUUCCAGUGCGACACCCACGCCGACUGUCUGGACAAAUCGGACGAAGUUGGUUGCAUGGCACCUUCCGUCGUUCAACCGCCCCCACCGUCGCUAACCAUCCCUGUUGGGGGCAUCCUGAACAUUACUUGUCGCGCAACGGGCAUCCCGGUGCCGCUGAUUGUGUGGCGCCUGAACUGGAACCAUGUGCCAGAGAAGUGCAACUCUCAAAGCGAUCGUGGAUUCGGGCGACUGACCUGCGAGGACAUGCAACCGAUCGAUGCGGGCGCGUACUCAUGUGAAAUCAUCAACUCGAUGGGUACACACUUCGUAUCGCCGGACACCAUCGUGAUAGUGCCCAACGCUGGUCAGGUAUGUCCGCAGGGAUACUUCAACAACAAGGCACGAAACCCGAACGACUGCAUCAAUUGCUUCUGCUUCGGUGUAACGACCACGUGCAAGAGUGCCGAUCUGUACACGUACGCGUUAAGGCCUCCCGUCUCGUCAUUGACGGUGGUUGGUGUUGAAGGACCGUGGUCGGGCCGGCGAGAGCUGAUGGUCGGUGAGUUCGAAAAUCACAACCUAACCGCCCAACGGCACGGUGUGCAGCUCCGGUUGACAAACCUGGUCCCGGGACGCCGAAUUCCGUACUACUCGCUUCCCGAGGAGUACAAGGGCAAUCAGUUGAAAUCGUACGGUGGUUCCAUCCGAUACGACGUCGAGUUUGACGGCCACGGACGUCCCAUCCUGGCACCGGAUGUCAUACUACAGGGCAACGGAAUCACUCUGCUGUACAGCCACAACCAGACGUUCUAUCCGGACGUGAAGAACCACGUAACGGUUAGCUUGUUGCCGGGGCUGUGGCAGAAACCAGACCAAACUCUGGCGACACGUGGCGACAUCAUGAUGCUGCUGGCCAGCAUCGACAGCAUUCUGAUCCGCAUGCAGUACAUCGACGCCAUCGAGCGCAACAUUGAGCUCGUGAACAUUAUGAUGGACUCGGCCGGGUACGAUGAUCGUGGACUGGGUUCCGCUUCACUCAUCGAAGAAUGCCGCUGUCCACCCGGCUACCGGGGGUUGUCCUGCGAGAGCUGCGACUACGACUACGUGCGCCAGAGCAGCGGUCCCUGGCUGGGACGCUGUGUACCGCGGGCGGAAGAGUGCCGUCCGGGAUACUACGGUGAUCCGAACCGUGGCCUACCGUGCCAGCCGUGUCCGUGUCCGGUGGCGGGUGAGAAGUCUCGCGCUCGCUCCUGUUACUUGGAUGCUCGUGACAAUGUAGUCUGCAAGUGCGAUCGGGGUUAUGCCGGCGAACGGUGCAUGGAAUGUGACGUUGGUUACGUCGGAAACCCACUCGGCGAGGGUUGCUUCCCGCGGCCGGUCUCGAACUGCAACUCGCUCGGUACGGAGCGUGCGCUGGGAGAUGGCCGCUGCUACUGCAAACCGGGUGUCGAGGGGCAGUACUGUGAUCGGUGCUCCGCGCAGCACUUCUACAUGCACGACAAGGGCUGCGUCGAGUGCUUCUGCAUGGGCGUGUCGAAUCUGUGCUCCAGCACCACACAAACGCGGGACGUAGUUCAGGCCUCGUUCGCCGACGGCCGAUCGUCGUUCUCGCUGAUCUCCGACUACACCAACCCGUCGGUCGUCGCCAAAAGUUUACCGAUUUCGAACAGAGAAAUAGUGUACCGCAACUUCGGAGUGAGCGACGAAACGUUCUACUGGAGACUUCCGACACAGUUUCUGGGCAACAAGCUAACCUCCUUCGGUGGCCAUCUGAACUACACGCUACGCUACACGCCCCACUCGUCCGGUGGAGUCUCGCGUAACAACUCUCCAGACGUAGUGCUGCACAGCGGCAACAAGAUCAAGCUGCACCACUAUCGGGCCAACAGUGGUAUCUCACCGAUCGGCUCGAGCACCAACUCCGUACCGGUUCUGGAGGACUUCUGGCAGAACUACGAAGACGGCAACACGGUCAACAGAGAGUACCUGCUUAUGGCACUAGCGAACGUUAGUGAUAUUUUCAUCAAGGCAACGUACAACACUGUUUCGAAUGAGGCCGCCCUGUCGCACGUCAGUCUGGACAUUGCCCGAGAGCAUCCGUACGGUGGGUCUGGAGCGCGUGCCUGGCCCGUCGAGCAGUGCCAGUGCCCGCAGGGCCACAUCGGCCUAUCGUGCGAAGACUGCGCGCCAGGAUACUACAAGGGCGACAACGGUAUCUACCUUGGACUGUGUGAACGGUGUGAGUGUAAUGGCCACUCGGAGGAGUGCGACUCGCAGACGGGUGCCUGUCUCCGGUGCCGCGAUAACACCUACGGCGCUAGCUGCGAGCACUGUCUGCCACAGUUCACCGGCAACGCAACCGGUGGCACUCCGUACGAUUGCAAACCGAGCACGCCGAGCGAGCGGAUUGACUGCAGCCGGGACUGUGAUGCGCGAGGAGGUAGGUGCACCAGCUACGGCUGUGAGUGUAAGGAGCUGGUCGAAGGGCGUCGGUGUGACCAGUGCCGCGAAGGUUCGUUCGGACUGAGCAGUCGGCACGGGUCCGGGUGUCUGGAGUGUUUCUGCUCCGGUGUAACGAAGUCGUGUGGCAUCUCCAACAUGUACCGCGAGGAACUGCCGGUCAUUGUGGAUGAGUUCGACAACACGAUCACGUUGGCCGACCGCGACGGUAAGGUGCUGGUGCGGGACAACUUCAACAUCAACCCGAGCAUAAACGUCAUCAGCUACGUGUUCCGUGAUCGCGACACGUACUACUGGAACCUGCCGAGCCAGGUGCUAGGCAGCCAGAUUCUGUCGUACGGCGCUAACCUCACCGUAACGCAGCAGGUCGAUGGGGGACGACCGUUGCCGGACCAGGAUAUAAUACUCAUUGGCAAUGGGCUGAAACUGGUGUGGUCUCGGGACCACUACGAGGAUGGCACAUACAUCGUACCAUUGCAUGAGUCAUACUGGACAGUGAUCAACCGCCGUACAUCCUACCCAGCUUCCCGAAACGAUCUGUUGACCGUGCUGGCCCAUUUGGAUCACAUUCUGAUCCGCGCCACCACGAAAGAGGGUACACGCCAGUCGAGCAUGAGCGACAUCACGCUCGGUACCGCCGUUACCACUCGUAACUACAACGGCAUUGCCGAAGAUGUUGAGAUGUGCCGCUGUCCGCCGGGCUAUCGUGGCACUAGCUGCGAGCUCUGCGAAGAUUUGCACUACCGUGACAUCUACAACCGCCGUGCCGGUAUGCCCGGGGUUUGCAAGCGGUGUCCCUGCGAAAACGCUGACUCGUGUCAGAUGGACAGCCGCGGUGAGGUAUCGUGCAACUGUCGCGAAGGUUACACGGGCGUAAACUGCGAUAACCAUGUCGAUUCGCGGCCGAUCGUUCCACCGCCAAGUCCGGUGAUCGAAGUGAACAUCAACGUGCCAUCCAUCCAGAUUGUCGAGGUCGGCAAUGACUUCCGUGCCGACUGUCACGCACGUCACCUCGUGUCGAAGUAUCCAAUCGAAGUUGAAUGGAACAGAGAGAAUGGCCGCAUGCCCGAUCACGCUUACACCGACCGCGGUACGCUGGUCAUCACCAACAUCCAGAUAACUGACGGUGGAUCGUACGUAUGUCGCGCCGGCAGUGGUUCCGAGGUGGUCUACAAGCAGGUCACCAUUAACGUCAGCAAACAAGAACCUGUGCGUCCGGCGGUACAGCUCUCACCUCAGUUGAUCGACCAGAACGAGUAUCAACGGGCCGAGGUGCGGUGUGUUGCCACGGGAUACCCAACACCGACCAUUGUUUGGGAGCGUGUCGAUCAGCCGAUGCCUUUCAACACCGCCAACGAGUACGGUUUGCUGCGAUUCAACUCGCUCCGUCUGCAGGACGCCGGAACGUACCGGUGUCUCGCUCGGAACGACGUCGGUGAGGCCGAUGCCCUGUUAACAGUGUACGUCCGGCCCGUCGGUGGUCCGCCUGUUCCGCCACCAUCCUCUAACGGGGCAGAGGAGCACGUUGAAAUCAUGCCCAGCAGCUUCGAUGGCCAACCGGGUCAGCAGAUCCGUCUGGUCUGCCAGUGCUCCCCAACGGCUCGCGUCACCUGGAACAAACAGGGCGAAUCCCGGCUGCCACCGAAUGCCAACGUACGCAACGAGAUUCUGAUCAUCGAGCACGCGUCCCAAGAGAACAGUGGUCGCUAUAGCUGCACGGCCUACUUCCCGACCGGCCGCGUCAAAGUGUCCACCGUCGAUGUGCUCGUCACCGAUAGUCUACCACCGCAACCGAACAGAAUCGCACCACGCGUGAAUCCGCUGAACAAAAACUACGUGCUGGUGCAAGGAUCUGACUUUUCGCUGCCAUGCGAAGCUACCGGCACACCGUUCCCGACGAUCAAGUGGACGCUAAGCGGUAAGCCGUUCGAGAGCAACGUCCAGCAGAGCAGCAACGUGUUACGCAUUUUCAACGCACAGCCCAGCAACGGUGGAGUGUACAUUUGUGUCGCCAACAACGAGGAGGGCAUGGACCGUGCCUACACCGUUAUCGAAAUCGAUCGUCGCGAGAGGCCCGUGUUGGAGCUGUACCCAAGUGAACCGCAAACGAUCAAGGUUGGUGAGUCGGUCCGCUUGAGCUGUCGUGCGUCGGCCGGAGUACCGUACCCAACCAUUAGCUGGGUCCGCAAGGAUCGCAUGCCGCUCUCCACUCGCUUCACCAACGAUGCAGAGGGAGUGGUAACACUACACGAAGCGACGCUGGAAGAUGCGGGCGAGUACGAGUGCCGGGCGGAGAAUGUUGCCGGCUCGGCAGCCCUUUCGACCACGCUCGAGGUACUGCAGCCACCGAUGAUCACCCUCGAACCGAACGAAUACCACAAGAUCACGGAGAACGACGAUUUCACGAUCUACUGCUCGGCCAGCGGUAAGCCAGCGCCGACGCUUACCCUCACACCGCCACACGGAGCGCUCAGGUCGUACAGUGCACCGGUGGAAGGUUUGCGCGAGGUUUCGCUACAGCUGCACCGUGCCGAGCUGCAGGAUGCCGGCACGUACGAGUGCACGGCCAAGAACGCUGCCGGCGAGGACUCGCAGUACCUGACGCUGCAGGUCGAGCCGAAGCGGGGUGACAUUGGCAAGUACAACGAUGACGACGGUCCGAGCCGAGGCCCACCGUCCAUCCACCGACCGCCGCCCUUGUCACCGGCGCAACCAGGACAGCCGAUGUACCACACGUACAAGGCGGUGCUGGGCGAACAGGCGACGCUGAUCUGCAACGAAGAGCACCGCAGCGCUCGCACCGAGUGGCGCCGUUCGGAUGGGCGUGCCCUUCCGUACAGUUCGAUCGUACGGGGCGGCAGCCUCACCAUCGAAAACACCGGCCACGAUGCGAACGGUCUGUAUGACUGCAUCACGUACUCUCUGUCAACGCAACCGGUGACGCUGGUGCGCAUCAUGGUUGAGGUGAUAGCUCCGCCGAAAAUCAGCUUUAGCCCACCGAUGCCGAUGACGGUGCGCCCGGGCGAUAAGGUGGAUGUCCUGUGCAACGUCACCGGCGAUCAGCCGAUUCAGUUCCGCUGGCACGUCGAAGAUAACCGCAGCUGGCCUAGCACGGUGCACGUGUAUGACAAGUACCUGCAGUUCCGCAGCAUCGCCCCGGAGGACGCCGGCCGAUACUACUGCACCGCGUGGAACCACCACGGCAACACGACAAAGGUGGCCGAAGUGAUCGUCAACAAAAACGAAAUGAUUCGGAAUGGGCCUUUCUACGGGCAGCGAUACCACGAUGUUGUUCGCGGUUCCAAGGUAGAUUUUGGUUGCCAGCUACCACAGGGUUCCUCGCACGAAGUCGUUCGCUACACGUGGACCCGCGAGGAAGGCGCGCUGCCGAGUACAGCCAAGGUGAAGGACAGGGAGCUGCACUUGUUCGAUGUCAAGAAGGAAGACGCCGGUAACUACAAGUGUACCAUGUACUAUAGCAACGGCACGGUAGCCUACGACUCGGUCAGGCUGUCGAUCACGGCUCCCGAAUCACUGCCAAUUCUGCAGCUCGAACCGUCGCGCUCAUACGUGCGUCCCGGAGAGUCGAUCGCCGUUGAUUGUACCUCAUCGGCCGGCACUAGCGUACCGAUCCGUUGGGAGAAGGGUGACGGCUCACCGCUGCCGUUCAACAUUCGUCAAGACGGAAACCGGCUGUACAUUGCGAACGCACGCGAAGAUGACACGGGCAAGUACACGUGCGUCUGCUACACGGAAGAUGGGCUGCGCUACAUUUCUGACUUUGAGCUGCAAGUGGAAGACAACACGAUCCCGGACGUACCGCGCACUACUGCCCGAGUCGAGUACGCAGACCGUGGCACGACAGUUAAGCUGCAGUGCAACACCGACCUGCACCCAACGUCCUACCAGUGGUCUCGUAACGAGGGCUCUCUGUCGGCCGACGAGGACACCCGAAGUGCUGUUCUCGUCCUACCGGACGUGCAAGCGUCCAGCGCUGGAACAUAUGUCUGCACCGCCAAACACGGCGGCCAAACGGCGAACGUGCUGAUCACGCUCGUCGUCAACGCGGUCAUACCGUUCUUCCCGCAGUCGCCACGAAGCUACAUCGAGUUCAAGCCCAUCGAGAACGUGUACUCGAAGUUCUACUUCGAAAUUUCGUUCAAGCCGGAAAAACUGAACGGUCUGCUGCUGUACAGUGCCCAACGGCGUCCGCAUGAGGACUUUAUCGCGCUGUCGCUGAACGCCGGCUACCCCCAGUUCCGGUUCCGGUUCGGCGGUGAGCUGGUGACCCUGCAACCGGACCAGCCCGUCCGCCGCGGCGAAUGGCACACGGUCAAGGUGAACCGGGUGCGCAACAACGGCUUCCUGCUGGUGGACGAUCAGGCCCCGGUGAACUUCCCCGAGCGGCUUCGCUUCCAUGGACUCAAUCUGGACGACCACCUGUUCGUUGGUGGUGUGCCGAACUUUGACAGCGUACCGGCGAAUGCGCUGGAAUCGCGCGAAGGAUUCGUCGGCUGCAUUAGCCGGCUUAAGUUAAACGACCGGGAAGUGCAGCUGUACGAGGACGCCAUCACAACGGUCGGGCUGACGGCGUGCGAACCGUGCGCGGAGGAUCCCUGCAACCAUGGGGCCGGCACGUGCAUGGAGUCGCAGACGGUCCGCGGAUACGUGUGCCUGUGCCGCGAGGGUCACACGGGACGCAACUGUGAGCACGAGGGCAUCGGGUGUGCCGUGGACACGUGCGGCGUCGGUCGGUGUCAAGAGACAGACGUCGGACCGGAGUGCUACUGUCCCGUGCACAAGACGGGAGAUCGCUGCCAGUACACCGAGCACUACAGUGACGCCACGCUGGCGUUCAAGGAUGGAAGCUACGCGGCCUACGAUAAAUUCCAAUCGAAGCGCAGCGUUCAAUUCCGAUUCAAGCCCGACUCGCUGGAAAACGGUGUCCUGUUCUACGCGGCCGAACAUGAGCAAGCGUACGGCGAUUACCUGGCGGUGAUUCUGAACAAUGGCUUCAUCGAACUGCGAUACAGUGUGGCCGGAAAAAUAAAGCCUUCGGUAUUGCGUUCGAUUGUCCCGAUUGAGGUCGGCCGUUGGCAUAGGGUUUCGACGGGACGUUCCCGGGCCGGCGUUGGCUACUUGCAGGUCGACGAAGAAACGGUGAUCAACGAGAUGCCGAACCGCAAUCCACCGAUCCUGCUAAAGACCAAGGUUUACGCCGGCGGAUACGAUAAGCGGCUACUGAUUAGCCAGGAGCUCGGUGUCCGUCGUGGGUUCGAGGGAUGCAUCGCUGAGCUGGAAACAUCCGGCAACAAGGUGAACAUGAUCGACGACAUCCAGGAUUCGGCCAAUGUGUACCACUGUGGGCACGAGAAGGUGGUGCCACCUGCGCGGCGUGGCGAUGAGGAGGACGAGGGUUCGGUCACGUGUCGUCCCGGACGCGGAGGCGUCGAUUGCGAGAUCGUUACCGACAUCUGUCUCGACGAGCGUCCGUGCGAAAACGGUGCCCCCUGUUUGUCGCACGCUGGAGGCCUCAACUACACCUGUACCUGCCAACCGGGCUACCUUGGGAUGCGAUGCGAAAGCGUCUACAACACGAUCGUAGCUUCCCGCUUCCACGGUAACGGAUUCAUCGAAGUUAGCCCCGAUGCGCUAGAGAAGGGCCCCAACCAGCUGGUCACCGAAAUAGCGAUCCUGUUCAGUGCCUACGAGAACAACGGACUGCUACUGUGGUACGGGCAGCGCAACGGCGAGGAGUUCCUCGGCAACGACUACAUUGCGCUGGCCGUGCAGGAUGGGUUCGUCGAGCUGACGAUAAGAAUGGACGGGCAAGAAUCCAGCAUCCGCCAUCUGGACGCAUUCGUGGCCGACGGCGAACGACACGUGGCACUGGUGCGCCGUGACCGCAAUCAGUUCCAUCUGCAGGUCGACUCGAUGACCGUGCAUGGAGAGACACGCCCGACGGGCAAGCAGACGAUGAACCUUCCCGGCAGCAUCUACAUCGGUGGUGUGCCGGAUAUCGAGCGUGUUACCGGCAAUCGCUACAACGAGAGCUUUAACGGGUGUGUGUUCAGCGUGGAGAACAACGAGAAGAGCAGAUCCAUCGAGCUGCGUGACUACGCGCUCCGCACGGUCAACGUCGACGUUUGUGACGAACAGGACCUAGGCACGGAACCACCGGUUGUCUAACGUGCACCCUGUAGUCCCAGGCACGAGGACGAGCGAGAAGAGCAAGAAUCCCUGUACGACUCUCCUGCCGGAAGCAGUAGUGUUACGGUGUGCCAGGGCGACGGUUAAUUUCGCAACGACCAACAGCGCGAACGGAACCGGACUGCAUCGUGGGUGGGAAAGAGGUCGGAAGAGAAAGGAAAAACACUAAUCAGUAAAAGAAACUAAAAAAUGCCUACUAAAACCCUUAUCGUACGCGUUAUACUAUAAAGCCACAGGGCAGAGAAGCAUAAAAAAGCAUAGGAACACGGACAGUGACGAACAACGAAUGUGCCAAAUAAUUGUAGUAUUUAUGUAAAAAACAAAAACGAGGCGAAAACGAAAAGAAAACGUCUAUCGAAACCGACAGGAGCAAUCGGUAAACGAUGAAAGGCCGUAUCACAUCCACGAACCAUGUCCUUCUCACGGAGUUUAGUUUGCCGGCACACUCUAUUUUAAUGAUUGUUUUGAAAGGUUUCCCAGUGCAGGUACACCCAGUACGAAAGGCAGUAACUACAAUGAAUCUGACAAACACGCUUAACUGCUUUCAAUCCAUGGAGCAUACCGGAACGGUUCCACCAGCUCCCAGUUCUACGGAACUGCACCAUACACAUCCUCAAACUGCCAGUUUAGUUCCGUAGGCAUAACUUGUUCGAUAUGGUCGAUCCGUUUAUUUAAUUUCUUAUUUUCGUGAGUCGCGACUUUUGGAAACUUGUGUCUUCAGUCCUGUCGGAUACUAUUCCGACACGAUGUACUAAUUGUGUUCAUUCGUUAAGCUAUAUUGACUCGUUUGCCGCAACCUGGCUUAGAGGGUCGGCACGAAUCUGCUACACGUUUCAAGUAAUCUCAGCAACGUAGUUCACGCUUUUAUUCUCCGUUUGUCUUUACGUUUAACUGUAUACAUUAAACACAUCUGUCCGAUGCACUGACUUCUCAGUUCGUUCGUUUCAGCCAACUGCCCACAAUAAGUAACGGUCUUCAAUUUAGACUCUAAGCGCACCAUGCCGCCAGACGAGGAUCAAAUCAAACCAGGUGAAGUAGGGAACGAUUGCAACCGGCCGAAAUUAACUAGCAACCAGCGAAACCCAUACGAAAAACUGUAAAUCCGUGCUUCGAAAGGAAUGCAUAACCGAGCACUGAUUUGUCGCAAGUUAUUUUUCCUAUCAAUUACGACAAUAAAAUCAAUAGUCAAUGUAAA